AUGAGGAAUGUCUCGAUGGUGGCCGAGUUUAUCCUGCUGGGCAUCCCACACACAGAGGGUCUGGAGACCAUGCUGCUUGUCCUGUUUUUGUCCUUCUAUGUCUUCACCCUUCUGGGGAACUUGCUCAUCCUACUAGCAAUUGUUUCCUCCACUCGGCUUCAUACUCCUAUGUACUUCUUCCUGUGCAAACUGUCUGUAUGCGAUAUAUUUUUCCCUUCUGUGAGUUCCCCCAAGAUGUUGUUCUACCUCUCAGGGAACAGCCGCACCAUCUCCUAUGCAGGCUGCGUGUCCCAGCUCUUCUUCUACCAUUUCCUGGGCUGCACUGAGUGUUUCCUGUACACAGUGAUGGCCUACGACCGCUUUGUUGCCAUAUGUUACCCUCUGCGAUACACGGUCAUCAUGAGUCACAGAGUGUGUGCCAUCCUGGCCACUGGGACCUCAUUGUUUGGCUGUGUUCAAGCCACCUUUCUAACCACUCUCACCUUCCAAUUGCCCUACUGUGGCCCCAAUGAUGUGGACUAUUACUUCUGUGAUAUCCCAGUGAUGCUGAAGCUGGCUUGCGCAGAUACCUCAUCCCUGGAGAUGGUGGGGUUCAUCAGCGUGGGCCUCAUGCCCCUCAGCUGCUUCCUUCUCAUUCUCACCUCCUACAGCUGCAUUGUUGCCUCAAUUCUUCGAAUUCAAUCUAAAGAGGGCCGACGCCGUGCCUUCUCCACCUGCAGUGCCCACCUCACCGCCAUCCUUCUCUCCUUCAUGCCAGUGGUCCUUAUCUACCUGCAACCCACUCCUAAUCCCUGGCUUAAUGCAACUGUUCAGAUACUGAAUAACCUGGUUACUCCCAUGCUGAACCCUUUGAUCUAUAGCUUAAGAAACAAGGAAGUAAAGUAUUCUCUGAGAAAGGUGCUACAGGAGGCGGCAUCCUUUUCUGACAAGUGA